AACUUUUUAAAUUUAGUUUUCCAUCCUUUACUCAACUGCAACUAGGUAAGAUGAAAUUGAAUAGAUUUACAUAACAAGUUGAGGAUAAUAUCUUGGAAAUAAUUGUAAAAUAAUAAACAAUUUUUUCUUAUUGCCUUAACGCGUGAGUACAAUAGUUAAAUUUCUGCGACAAUAAACUAGGUUUUAAAAACCUGAUCCUAGUUACACUAACGCGCUCUAGUGGCAAAAUUCUGUCCCGUCAUUUUCGUACAUUUCUAAAGCAUUGCGUGCGCUCUCCUGUUAUCCAGCUUCGUGGCUAUUGCAUUUAUUUCUCGUAUUGGUGACAACUAGUGCUGCCACCAUACGACUUAGUUAAAAAAUCUUCUUGCUAAAUGGGUUAUGCUAUUGGUCGGUCUAUUAGUAAUAAAGUCGUUGAUUGUGCACAAGUUUUUGGGGACGUAUCGACGUUUACCGGUCCUCGAUUGUUUUGUUGUUUCUUUUUAUAUUGGUGACAAGUAAUUAUUUAUUGAUAAGAAUGUACAUAUACAAUGUAUAGAAGUAAAAUAGGCUAAUAACAUCGUAAGGCAGUAAGUAAAGAUAUUUAAAGUUAUUUUAUGAUUAUUAUGAUCGGUCUUUCAAGUUCGAUGAGAAGUAUGUCAAAGUCGAUGUGAUGUGUUACUGUGCGACCUUUCAGGACGACGGCCUCCUAAGUAUUAUAUAGAUUUGGAUACGUUCCAUGAACAGAUGAGCUAAAGGAAAAUAAGGAGAAAGAAGAGGUUGAUUGACAAAAGAGAUUUCUAAAAGGUUCAAGAAGAUAAUUUGAUAAAAGAAAAACAUAAAAAUAACAAAAGAUGUGGUACAGUACUCAUUGGCCUCAAAAAAAACUUCUCUUUGAUGAGAUAAAAAUAAUGAGAAGAAUAGAAGAAAGAUGUUUUAACAACGUAUCAUCAACAUAGAAAACAUAGUAUAAGAAAAAAUUAAAGUUUGAUAUCAGAAGAGGAGCGAAGCAAUUGUGUAGAUGCUUGAUAAAAGUAGGACAGGAUAAGAAGCACAAUUUUCAAAAGGAGAAUCAAGAGAUUAAAAAUUUGGAAAAGGUGGGUAGAAAGGAAUGGGUGCUGGGUUGGGCAGAAGCAGCACCAGUGGAGGUGGUCUGCUUGAGGCUCUUCCCACAGGAACGCCGCUUCAUGUAGCUAUGCUAGGUCUUGACAGCGCAGGAAAAACAACUGCCCUUUAUAGAUUAAAAUUUGAUCAAUAUUUGAAUACUGUACCGACCAUUGGUUUUAAUUGUGAAAGAAUUCGUGGUGGCAUUGGUAAAGCAAAAGGAGUAAAUUUUUUAGUUUGGGACGUAGGUGGACAGGAAAAGUUACGACCUCUGUGGAAGUCAUAUACCAGAUGCACAGACGGCAUUAUUUUUGUUGUUGAUUCUUGCGAUGCUGAAAGACUUGAAGAAGCAAAAAUGGAACUUACAAAAACAGUUAGGAGUCCUGAUAAUGCGGGUGUGCCCAUUUUAAUUCUUGCUAAUAAGCAAGAUUUAUUGGGUGCUAAAGAAGUGAGUGAAUUGGAAAAGCAACUUGGUGUCUCGGAAUUGGCUGGGAUGCCUGGUAGUUCUAGCAUAAGGGUGCAGCCUGCUUGUGCUAUUACAGGGGAAGGUUUACACGAAGGUCUGGACACUCUUUAUCAAUUGAUAUUAAAACGACGUAAAUUGGCCAAACUAAACAGGAAGAGGGCUAGGUAGGCCAGGGCUUCGGAAGACUGCACUUGCGUCUUCUGAUAUUGCCCACGGAUGAUCUCUUCUCUGAUAACGGAAAUGCCCACCGUGGGUCACUCCGUAUUAUCUUUUUCAUUCUUGUCAACUUUCUCACCCAUAUUGUUGACAGCUAAGAAGUGCUCAAUUAAAUAAAUAGAUGGCUAAAACAGCAAUAGCCCCGUAAGUCUGAAAGUAGAACCGUAUUGAUUAUUACAAAUGCUUCAACUGUUAUUAUAACUACUGAAAGUUUGUUAACUUAGGUCACAUCAAGUCUUACAAUCAAUUUAGUGUUGAAGAGCUGAGACUAAUCAAACUUGAUUAAGCAAAACAUCCGCACUUGUUAGACUAAGUCAUACAAGAUUGAUAGCUUCAUCUAAAGAAAAUUCUUUAUUCUAUAUAUAUAUGACUUGAAUUCAAUUCUGAUAAGAAGAGCAUACCAUCCACGUAGUUGGUGGAAUUUCAUAUUGUGGAUUAUCACUUUUUAAUUCAAGAUUUAAUAGAAGAUAUAUAUAUAUAUAUAAUAUAUCAUAUUAUAUUAUAUUAUUGUCUUCUAUUCGUUUAUAUAAAGUGUGAAUAAUGGUUUUACAUCUUAGAACCUUAUUGUAGUGCCACUUAGUCUGGAAGUGAUCAAAUUUGAAAAUGACAAAUCAUGAAAUACUAAUUUUGUUAAAGAAGAAGAGUAGUAUUACUAGAUCAGACUUUUAAAAAUUUUGGACUUAUCAUCGUGGUGAGAGACAUCACUGUUAACGGGACAAUAACUAAGAUUGAAGUGUCUAUUCAUGUGAACAUCCCAAUUGGAGUUUUGGAUUCACAAUAAACAUAUGGAGUAUUAGUACAUAUACUAUUAUUCCAAAAUCAGUUAUAAAUGUGGCAUGCAUUCUACUGGAGAAAGAAUAUAGUGUUUCAUCUGUUUCCAUUCAAACAUCGUACCUUCACUUAAGAGUGAUUGUCUAUAAGAAUCUUGGAUCUUAACUCUGAUUGGAAAAGUAUGAUUGUUCAAUGCGCCGUAUUAACCUCCAGGUCAUACAAUGACUUAGUAUGCAUCAUAAUGCAAAUAAAUAGUAUGCUAGCACUGAAAGAGGCAGUUACAAUUAGAGACUGUCUCAUUCUCAGGGCCUUUAUAAUAAUUCAGACCUCUUAUAUGAUAAUAAGAGGAUAACAUCAAGAAACUAGAUGCUCUCGAAUUACAUGAGUUUUAAGCGCAAACAAUAAGCAAGCACUGUUUGCACUUGUCAUUGCUAUAAUACCAAUAAUGUUACUGACAGUUAUCUAUGAAAAUGGGAGAUUAAGCAAAUUCAUAAGUUUAUAUGAAUACAGCGUAGCUUAUUAUAUUUAGCCAACAGAAAUACCUGUUGGCUAAGUUUAAGUGUACGACUUUUUUGGCCUUCAUAGAUUGCAGCAUUAGUCUGUAUAAUUGUCAUUUCAUUACCCAAGACAAAAGUUGGCAAUCAUUUGAUAUUAAAUACGGGACUUAUCGAUGUAGCUUCAGCCCCUGAAUUAACAUGAGUUAAUCUAGUGAGAUAUUUGUCUACUGUGAAAUUGUAUACAAAUGUUCCCAAUUUGUAAUAUACACUUUGGUGGAAAGCUUGUUUUCCCAUAUACUGGCAUUUGAAUCUGUAUAUUUGUGCUCAUUUUGUGCAUGUUUAGUGUUGAGUACAUACAUAAAAUCUCUUGUCAAUUUGUUUAAAUUUAUAAACGAUAUAUUAAUACUCGCUAAAGUGCUAUGUUUUAAUAGUGUGAAAUGUAGGAUUACAAAUUUCCCACAAAGUGUGUGAUUAAAAGAGUGAAAGACUGAUCAUUUAAUUUGAGACAGUAUAUCAACAAAACAACAGAGAAUGGAUUAUUAAGAAAAUGACAAGGAGUUGAUGUGAAAGGUCAGUUUAGAAAUUGUUUAAGAUUCUUUUUAAUAGUCCAUAAUAGCUAAUAGGUCGAUUCGCUGAGAUCAAUCAAUGUUAUGGAUGAAAACAUUCGAUGGGUAAUUUAAUGUCUGGUAGAGUACAAGUUAGAAAAUUGAAUAUAUUCUACGUACGUCUGUCUAAUCAGUGAGAAUUUUACCUCAUAUCAAUAAUGUGGUGUGAACUGCGAUUUUCAAAUUAUACAUAAUUUUAAAUACAAAAAAUCAGCACAUAAAAGAAACGUAAAACAAUACCUUGAAAAAAAUGUAAAUUUAUGUAAAAGCUGCAUAUUAUUGAUUUGAUGUUACUAUCGGCAGCUUUAUCAUAGAUUCAUUGAACCCUUAAAAAAAAGAAAACAAUCUGCGCUAAUACAUUACUCUUUAAAAAUCAAGUGCUCAGCCAUCGGCCUAAGAGAUGGAUGAAUGUGCUUCCUAAUGACAAAAAUCAUUAUUUAUAUAGUAGAAAAAGCUUUAGUAUAAUCGCAUAAUUACCCACGAGGUGACUUGCAUAAGUUUAGAAAUUCUGAUGAUAAUCGUAUUUCUGCGAUUUUUUGCACCUUUAUACCUUGAAGAAAAGAAUUUAAUUAUUCCCUUUGUAUGGGUGUUCUGAACUUAUUAUAGAUGGAAUUGUAAGUAGUAAAGAGAUCAAUUUUUUCCAACACAUGUAUGACGCAUUAACUUGUAUUAAAAUACAUAAUUACAUAUUAUUAAUUA